CAAACAAAGUCAGUUCUUCACAUGGACCCUCGUCGGGGAGCUGCGGCCUGCGGCCUCUCUCUCGAGAUUCCCUCGGCGGCGGAGCAGUGCGAGCCGGUGCGCGACAUCGAGGGGGGUGUCUCGCCGCUCGUGGCAAGAGAGCAGCGAGACCGUGGCGGCGUUGGAGGGGCCCUCGUCGUUAGUGCCCGCGGCGCGCCCCAGCUGAAGGAGGGCGCGCGAAACGUCGAGGCGAGGGAGGGCUCCUGGGGCGGCGGUGAGGUGCGGUAACCGGUGAGGUUUUGGGCGCGGUGGAAUCACUGAGCGCAUGAUGAACGACAACUGCGUCCUGCGCUCUGUGAUCCCUAUCUCCAUCUAGGCCCACUUGCGCCUCCGACGGGGAGGAGGCAGGAAGUCCCCUCCUCUCCGACCACUCGCGCCCCCCCACCGCCACGCCGGCCGAGUGCUGCUGCAGCGUGAAGUCGCGCAGCACCGUCGGCGAGAGCUGGCUCAAAUCGACGACAGCGCCGGAGUUGGUUCUCCGGAUGGCGGGUGGUCCGGCGCGGGCAGCGUCUGCCUCGACGGUGAUCCGGCGAGAGGUCUG